UUGUUAAAUCUUAUACUCGGAGAGCAGCUUCUUCCUUACUCCGUUCUGAGUACCACAUCCACCAUCUGUGAACUAAGAUAUGGAGAUACACCAAAGCUGGUGGCGCAUUUUAAAGACAAAGGAUCAGGGGAUACCUCAAAGACUGUCUUCUUAGACAGGCCAUCGGAAGCCUCCGAGCAGAGUUACCUUCAACAGAUUUCCGAAUUCGUCCACCUAAAACGAACAGAGAAAAGGGUUCAGAUUACGAAAAGAUUGAGUUGUUUUGGCCUCACAAUCUGUUGAAGGUUAGACAUGAGCAAGCUCAGUAAUUAUACACGGUCUAAGAACUGACCUUUAGAAACAUAUUGCACAUGUCAGCAAGUUUAAGAAUGUUCGUGCAAUAAUGUAUUUUACGAUAUAAGAACUGUCCUUUUAUGACUGAAUUGAUAUUAGGGAUGUUAGAGAAAUUUAAAGUCUCCAAACUCCUAACCUUCCGCAAAUCAUUUGCCAUUCUGCAUACUAACUGCUUGUGCACGUUUUAUUUGAAAUUUCACUUUGCUAUAUUGUGACAUGAACUGAUUUAAGGAGUGAUCGGUUGUUGGCAUCUCAACUGAAUAGUUACACACAUCUCUUCGAAUGUAUACUUAUUACAGUCACUUAACAAUUGAUCCAUACGUCAGCGUGAGUUCAUCGAGAUAUGAAGCACGCGGGAAGUUUGGAGAGCACGAAACGCCUCGAGCAACUCUAGCUUCUUGAGUGCUCUCCAAACUUCCCAAGUGCUUCAUAUCUCGAUGAACGCACAGAUGACGUAUGAACCAAUUGUUUUAUAACAUUUUCAACCCGAUGGAAAUUUUUUUCUCGAGGGAUUUGUUUACUGACGUCAUGAGCAUGCACAAUAGGAAUACGAAGCACGCUCGCGCAAUUGAAUUUGAUUAGACAAAUUUACCAGCUAUAUUAUAAUAAUAAUUUAGUAACAGCAGAAUCGGCUGGAAGUCACGUCUGACUAAAUUCUGAUGAUAAAUUCGGCUAAGGAGGUCAAAAUGUCACUUGAAACAAACAGAUAUAGAGGACAUUAUAUUGAGAGUUGAAAGUAAUUUGGACUUAAGUUCGCUCUGUGAUUGGUCCAGAAAACUCGUGCCAAUUCAUUAAUUAAUCACAUUCAAAACUAAAACCAAUUGCGUUUUUCCCUGAAAAAUGAUGUUCGCUUGUUUUUUCUUAGGGUUCUCAUUGUAUUGUGUGAUGUUUUCCUUUGCUCUGAUUGAUUGUUGGGAUUACUUUGGGUUUUGUCUUAUGACAACCAAUCGAAAAGCACUCUUGAUAGCGAUCCACGGGGAGAAUAUUUUGCUUCAAUGACUGUGAAUUUAUGAAAAUCAUGUAUGUAAUCUGCGGAUUAAGGAAUGAAAAUGAAAGGGAUUUAAACCCUACUUAGGCAUUAGUGAAAAUAUAGCUUGAAAAAAAUUAAGGCCUGUGUGGGAUUUGAAGAUCGAAGCAAAGAUGCUUUCAUGUUCAGUAUUUUGUUUGUUACAUCUCAUAUUUUACGUGUCCUUUAGGAAAAUGUUGUAAUAGUCGACAGCCCAGGAAUUGGCGAAUCUACCAUCAUGGAUGACAUAGUAAAGGAGUACCUUCCAGAGGCUUUCACAUUUAUUUACGUCAUCAACAGUGAAAACGCUGGUGGAGUACAGCGAGAUAGGGUAAGGCACUUUCAGGUGCGAAAUGCAUUCUCAUUUCAAAAAUAAUUAAAGGGAAAUGUGCUGCAAAAACCGUAUCAUUUUUUUAAUCCUCUAUUUUUAAAAAGUGUUAGAGUAACUAGAUUGUUCAAAAUUUUCGACAAAUACGCAAAAAGAAGGAACUUAACGAACAGAGAUGCUCCUGCAUAGCGGUUACGUGAGGCACAACGUUUCCAAAACGACAACUUCUGAACUAUUCAAAAAGAGUCGACAGAUAGGUAAUUCUAUCUUUUGGCCUUCAGGUGGAAAGACUUAUCGAACACGCCAGACAGGUAUCUAUUGACAAACAAAGGGAAUCUUCCUCAAAUUGUGCCCUAUUCGUUUGCAACAAGUGGGACCAGGUGCCGUCAGUAGAAACUGAUGAAGUUAAGAACCAUAUCGUGACGAAACUCACGCAGUGCUGGCCUUCUUUAGAUCCAGAAUCUCAGAUCAUUUAUAUGUCAGCAAGAGAUGCCAGUGAAGCUCAGAAGCUUGGAGCAGUCACGGAGGAGUUUGCUAAACUAAUGAAUGGUAUCAAGUCCAUGGUGUUGAAAAGUAUUGAAGAAAGACUACAUAUCCAGUGGAGGUAAAUUGCUUUGAAUCAUUAGCGACAAAAUAAUUAUUCAAGAAGUUGAGAAUGUAUUUUUAGUUCUGAAAUAUAGGAAUGAAAAUAUCCUUAGUUUGAUGCUGCGUGAAAUAUAUUUUUCAGGAAACAAAAACGCCUUAGCCAAAGGUAAUACAGUGCAUAAAAUGUUAAUUCAGUGCAAAAAAAGCCAAGAAACUCUUUAGCCUGGCUUUGCAUAAGUAAAUAUAGUGAUGAAGUGUAAAAGACAAUUGAAAAAUUACUUUAUUCUCAGGUGGCUUGACUAUCUUCUUGCACGUAUGGCCCUCCACACCAAAGCGUUCAUUCGUAAUUCGUCCGAAGAUCGUAAAUAUGUGAUAGAUAGAAUGAUGUUUAUCACAAACCGCCUCCAAAGUAUUGAGAGGCAGCAAGGUACAGUAAGCAAAGAGCUGCAGUCUUACCUCGAAAACAAGACAGACCACGCCGUGCGCGAACUGUCCAGAUACCUUAAGUCUCCCGAAGUUAUACAGCAGUUUUCUUCGUGGACAUUAGAUGACGUUCCAAACACUGAACAAAGCUGGGAACUGACUAAGAAUUACAUCCAAAUGGCGCUGAUGAGGCGACUUCAAGAAAAGAUAAAGGAAUGGGAAGAAAAGAACCAUGUCUUUUCUGAUGCUCGCGCCUCUUUGAUUCAACACUUUCAGGAGAGGUUCAGCUACGUCGAAGGUCAACUUCGAGUGCUGGAGGGCUCUGUCUUAGCCGGAGAUGCUGCCAGCUCAGCAAGUAACUCGCUGGUAUUGGAUGACUUUAGCGUCGCCGAAAAAGUCAUCAUCGGGGUUGCAAGUCCAAUUUGGGUUCCACUUGGUCUGGUUGUCUUAGUGGUCAGUGUCCCGGUAGUUGGCGCCAUAGCACUUAAAGAAAAGAUUGAAAACUGGAAUAAAACAAGACAAUACAACAAAGACAGGUGUGCAUUUAUGGCGAAAGCUUCCCAAGAAUAUCUGAAUGAAUCAGCUGAAGAACAGCAUUUAAAGUCGUUCGUGAUGGAACAGCUUAAAGAAGCUCAAGUUUGUCUUAAGCAGGUCUUAGAUCGGAUCCCUCAGCUCAUAGAAGAGGACAAAAUGUUGUGUCAACAAUUGAGAGAUGAGAACCGUUCUAAGAAAGAAGUAGAAGAUUUCUACCAACCGCUACACGAGAGGAGUGUACAAAUAAGGGAUGAGAUGGCCCUGUUUGGCAUUAAAGAGGUUCGCACCAUGGACAUCAGCUGCGACGAUCUGGAGUGGAAAGACAAUGCACUUCUUGGAAGAGGAACGUUUGCUGCCGUUUAUCGAGGAAAAUUGAAGAUACAAGGAGAGGAUAAACCCGUAGAUGUUGCUGUGAAAGUGUGGAACGAGGAGCUCAACGAAGAUACUGCUAGCGGCUUUCUUUCUGAAGCAGAGAUACUCAGGUUGGUUUUGUUAUGUUUUGGAUCUUGGUAUGUUAUAUUGUUAAUGAAGGAAAAUACAUCGGUUAAAAUCUUGGGGAAGUACUGGAUAUAUACUGGCCAGUAGCUAAUGAGAUAUUUUCUGAAUCUUUAAAUUCUUUUCUGUUCAAAGAGCUCAUAGUCAUGAGAGGAUUUAUCUAAAUUACGUGGUAUUUUUCUGGCGCUUUCAGGACACCCAGAAUCUAGGCAUAUUUUUACGGGGAGGCACAUCAUCAUUCAUUUUCCCAACAAUUCAUUACCGUUAGAACUCUUAGAAAUCUGCUGAAUCAAGAAUUACAGUCAGAGAAAAAGUGAACUGAUUGACAACGGAAGAAGUUCUUGAUUGAUAAUCGAAAUUUUCCUGUCAGUAUCAGAAAAUGAAUAAAGAUGGUUAGUUUCUAGAAAAACUAUGGUGCUUGGGCGAUGGGAGAGUAUAACAGGGUAUUAUAGUAUUAUCAACUGAGUUGAUGACGUAAAUUGGCCACCGUAAAGAGUUUGAAAGCUAACGUUUCGAGCGUGUUAGCCCCUCGUCACAGUGAUUGACGAAGGGCUAACAUGUUCGAAACAUCAGCUUUCAAACUCUUUACGGUGGCCAAUUUACGUCAUCAAUUCAGUAUCAGAAAGUAUUUGGAUAACAGUAUAGAGAAUAUAUAUGCAUACUGUUUUAUGAGUGAAGGUUGUUUCCGCUACGUUUUCUUUAUGUAGGAGACUGAAUUAUCCCUCUAUUGUAAAGUUCUAUGGUACAGCACUUCACAAGGAAGGGGGGCAGCUAAAAGCAGUUCUGGUGACGGAGCUCUGCAAGGAAAACUUGAUGACGCACAUUUUCCGGCAUGAAGGCAAUAUACCUGGAAAGUCACCAACUGCUACAGCUGCGAGAGAUAUGAUUGGAUGGGCAAAAGACAUCGCCGAUGCUUUGGAAUACAUUCACAGACAAGGCAUCGUUCACAGAGAUCUCAAGCUGGAAAAUAUAUUGGUGAGUUAAGAAUUGGGACUAGUGGUUAUCGUGACUAUUUAUAAUUAUAAUCAUCUUGGUAAUCGAGACUCAUCUCGCAUUUCAUAGAAUUCUUAUUCGCUCGCCUUCACCCAGUUUUCCUGAUUUCUGCGCGAGAUACCUGUGGCAGACCACGCUAUAAAUUCGCUUUAAAUUAGCCGCGUAGUUGUGCUUCUCAUUGAAAUUGGCUGGGGCUGGAUUGGCGACCGCACAUGAUAUCCUUUGUUGUCUUCAGUUUUCGAUUUAACUCCCGUAAUUUGAAGAAUCAGCAUUAAAUUCAUUAUUUUCCUCGUAAAACCAGUGUGACUGUGGAUAAUGACUAACGCGUCCCAAGUUAACAUCUCCAGGCGUCUCGUUUUCACUAUGUCUUGCCUUCUUUUAAGAGGUCUCGUCUGUUUCGGGUUCCACUUCGAGAAACCUUCAAUAUUGUAAUCCCUCGGCUUCUACAGGACAAUUUUUUAAUGGUAAUCACAAGCGGUUAUAAUACUUAACGUUUGAUCGGAAACUAACAUGAACAAAACUGACUCAACUUAAAGGGGUUAAAACUUUGUAUUAAAACUACUUAUAAUGCGUUUCAAAGUUAUUUUGAAAAUAGCGACAGAUUUUGAAAAAUUUUUAAUAACAGCGCCUGAUUUAUCUCUAUUCGGCCUUCAACUGAGCUAUCUAAUGUUGAUCGAGAGAAGCAUAGACGCAAAUCUCAUCGCGUAUGUAGACGUGAUCGUGAACCAAGUAGAAUACCAAUACGAAGUUUGAAAAGGUUAAAGAACAAUAGCAGAAAGGUUAGAAAAUUUGUCUAUGCCCGUAUUCUCUCAUGUAUCCCCAUGUCAUCUACAUAGUACUGUUAUGUUAAUGCUAAAAAAAAUCUCAAAUAAAAAGACAUUUAAGUUUAACUGUCGUGAAAGAACUCGACAAAGUAUAAGAAAGGUAAAAUAUUGUGCCAGUCGAUAUUUAACACUGUUUUCUUUAACAGACUGGUGUGUUCUUGCAAGAAUGGGGCACGUGUAACAAAUUAUUGCAACUAUAGAUUAAGUAGAGGCAGAAAAAAAUCCUGGCCCUCUAACAUAUGUUGGCCCCAACAAAACAAUAGCAGCUCCAUAUAGUCAAGCUAACAAGUUAGUUUUUGGACAGAAUGCAAGACAACAAUGUGUUGCAAUGAGUUUGUGCUCUUUGAUUUACAAUAACAUGCAAGGGAUCAGCUCUGCAAAUUAUCUUAUAAAAAUGAUGAAUAUUGAAAAUCAACUCUAUUAAAGUUUGUUACGAUUAUCAAGUCAAUACUCAAAAAAAGAAGAAAAAAAAUGAAAAUAGUGUCCAGUAAUAAGUAUUGAAAUAGGAGCCAAUUAUGUAUGACACUACCUCCCCUCACCCCACCUCAGAAAAGGGUCUCUUCACACUGCAUAACAAAUACUGUUUUCAGCUCUGUAUACAUAUGUGAGAAACCUGCAUCUCUGGCAUACCAAGAGAAAAAACAAUUACAGGAUAAACCAAUAAUUGCAUUAAAAAAAAACUUAAGUAAGUGCAAGCACAAAAAACAAAGUUUAUUUCCAACAGAAAGCCCGGGUGAACGCAAAUAGGCGUCUAGUUUUUUUAACAGUCGAAAUAUUUUGACUUUGGUAUUAAAACAUAUCAAUUUCCAUGGAUUUUAUUAUUUAUUUAUCCCACAGCUUUCGCAAGAAAACAUUGCCAAAGUAGCCGAUGUCGGUGUUUCUAAAGAAGCUAAAGCAAUCACGGGUACUAUGGCGGGAACUCCUUUGUAUCUCGCUCCUGAAGUGAUCAAGUCCUGUUUGUACGAUUACAAAGCAGACAUCUACAGCUUCGGUAUAAUGCUCUGGGAGAUGUGGUAUGGUGACAGAGCCCUUCUUGAUGUGAUAGGAAAUGUGCAGGAGUUCUUUGAAAAAGUGGGUGAGGGCGUAAGACCUACGCAUGUCCGAGGCUCAAAAAAGCCUCCACCUGGUUUGCACGACCUGAUGCUGCGUUGCUGGGACGAAAAACCUGAUAAUCGACCAGAUGCGAGCGAGUGUUAUGAGAAGUUGACU